GUCUAAAGUCGGUAACGAACGCCGGUCGUUUCCUCUGGGUCCUAUUUCGCUCGGGUCGCUUGCGCAUUGUUGGAUACUGGACCCGACUUCCCCUUAUUUCGCCAUUGUGACGCCCGUGUGCCCGUCAAAAUGCCCGGGUUCGCGGAUUCGUUUUGGACCCCAGAUUACGCUGCGGGUCUGGGGGUGCUGUACGGGAAACUUCAGCAGGGCGCUGUCGAGAAUAAGCAGAUCAUCACAAUUGCCUCGUUGCGCGCGGAUGCAGAAGAUCAGUAUGGUCUGAAACUUGGGGACAUUGCGCCAGCCGUUGAUCGGGUGACCGCAAAUGGGUUUGGGAAGGAUGAUGGAGCGAGCGUGAGAAAGGCUUAUGAAGGUGUCCGCACGGAGAUGAUCGAGGCGUCCAAGAACCACCAGAAGAUCGCCUCGAACAUCCGGGAGCUAGUCGUUACGCCGUUCCGUCGUUGGUGCGACCAGCACGAAGUUCGCAUUCAGAACUCCCACGAUGAUCUCCAGUCCCGCAUCAAAGAACACACUAAGCAGGUGGAACUGGUCAAGAAGCUACGAAGCCAUUAUUUCAACAAGUGCCGUGUGGUUGAGGAUCUGGAGGAGGAAAACAAGCUCGCUUUUCAGCUCCCCGAGACCAGCCCGAAGCUCAAGCCAACCCCCAAGAUUGUUCUGCCAGAAGAGGAGGAGGAAGAGGAGGAACCAGUCGAAAUCGGCGAUCGGAUCUAUCCCCCGGAAGACCUGAAGAAGCUGCUGAUAAAUAUGCUGGAAACCAUCAAGGUCGGUGAUGUGAAGGUGCCCAUUAUUGGCACCUACCAGAACACCUCGACCGGUGCAGAUAUCGUGGACUACACUCAGAAACACAUGAACGCCAAUAGCAUCGGCUAUUCGGAGAAGAUCGGCCAGGAUCUUGUCGAUACCGGCUUCCUUCGCUUGGUGGGCAAUAUGGGCAGCACGUUCGCCAACAGUUCCAAGAUGCGUUACCAGUGGCGCCCCAAGGUGUUCCAAAUCACGGGCGUUGCGGAGAAGAAGAAGCCGCUUAUGCGCGUCACCUCAAUGGCAUCGAACGAGGACGGCAACGAUUCCCCGCUAUCUUCCGUCUCUGAGAUGUUGGCUGGCUGGAACCCUCUUAACAAUCCGUACCCGAACGAGACGCCCGCGGAGAAGUUGCGCCGGGAAGCUCACGAAGCCGAUGAACGGUACAAGGCUGCGGUGCGCAAGCUCGACAUGAUCCGGUGCAAGCUUGAGGAGGAGGUUGUUGAGAACUUGCGCUUCAUGGAGCAGUGUGAGCUCGAUCGCCUCAAGGCCAUCAAGGCCGUGAUCCUGGAUUUCUCUGGCGCGAUCAGCAACGUCAUCCCGAAUCUGCAAAGCACGGUGGACCACAUGAUGCUGUACCAGGAGACUAUUCAGCCUCUAGGGGAUCUCAGAUAUCUCCUCGAAAACUACCGGACUGGCGGAUUUGUGCCUCGUGUACAGGCCUAUGAGAAUUACUAUGGUUCCGUGGAAGAUCAAAACUUUGGCGUUGACCUCGAGGCUCGGGCAAGAGCCGACCGCAAGCGAGUUCCUGUCAUUGUGACGACUCUUCUGACUUACCUCGACAACCGCUACCCCGAACUUGAAGGAGAUGAGGCGCGCCGUACGAUCUGGCUGUACGAUGUGCCUUUGGCGGCCAGUCACCAUCUCCGCUCCGUGCUGAACAACAGUAAGGUGGAUUACGGCGAAGUACUAGAGAAAUACGAAAUGCCCAUCAUCGCAAGCGUCCUGAAAUUAUAUCUUCUUGAGUUGCCAGACUCUCUUGUUUCUUCCCAGGUUUACGAAAUUGUCAAGACCAUCUAUUCCACCACUGCUCAUGAGACCACGGAAGAAGGACGCAUCAAGGUCCUGCAAAGCACACUGGGACAACUUCGUCUCAACAACAUCGCCACGCUUGACGCUAUUAUGACCCAUUUCACACGCCUGAUUGACCUUACUUCUGCCGAUGAAGCCUAUGUCUCGUCCCUUGCUCAGGCACUAUCCCCUUGCGUCCUCCGGCCCCGCUUUGAAAGCAGCCUGACAAUGAAUGAGCGCCACAGCUACCGCCUCAUCCGUGAUCUGUUCGCUCACAAGGACGCCAUUUUUGGCGAACUGAAGCGUCAAUCAAGUGUUUUGGGAGUCAGUGGAACCACCAAUCGCCCUCGCGCCAUCAGCACCGACGAGAGCAACCGUCGGGCGGCCAUGGAGGCCCGGAAUCGAGCCAUUCUAGACCGUAGCCGUGCCAACAGCCCGGCUCCUCCCCGGAAGCAUCGUCGGGACCGUUCCAGUGGCGCUUCGGAGACCAAACGGUUCCCCAUCAAUGUGACAAGCCCUACUGAAAGAAGGGCCAUCACCCGGAGCAGCUUGGAUGUUCCCCUCAGCAUCGAGUCGCCCACAGCAUCCGAACAAAUGACGAGCGUGAACAUCAACGGCCCUGAGGCUAUCACCAACGGCGUUUCAAGCGAAUCGCCCGUCUCAGCCACUGCCAGCGCCAGCCCCUCAUCCGGAAGCUCCAGCCCCCCUCCUGUCGCUGAAUCGGACGAGUCCGUGACCCCGACCCCGACCCCCCCUGCUCAAGACCUGGAGAAGCGGUCUUCGAUCUCCCGGUCCAGCGUCGUUUACAGCCGCAAGCCUGGCCUCGGCAACCGGGGCAGCUUCCCGGUCGUUGCAAGCACGGACAGCGGACUGGACAGCAAGCGAAGCAGUCUGGUGGAGAGUACCGAGCCGCCGAAAGGCGUCACAUUGGAAGAUAAGCCAAUGGACGAUGACUAGAUGUGUCUAUGAAUUGACCAUGACCUAACGUCACCCAAAAGAAAGAAGAAGGAUACGAAAAAAAAAUAAGAAUUUCACAUAUCUUGGCAACCCGACCAGCAGAAUAGACUACACUCCCUCACCAGUCAGUAAAUAACCCUUGGAGGCGAUUACACUGGUGGUGUGGUUGUGGUCUGCUUGUGGCUGGUCGGUACUCGGGGAAUGAAC